UUGUCUCUCCCUCACUCGCUCUCCUCUCUAAUCAAUCCUUAUUAUUAUUUUGUUACUUCUCACUUUCCUUUCCUUAUCUUUCUUUCUAUCCCUAAUGACGGAGCUCCAAACUUCUUGGUUCUCGCUCUCGUUCAUUCUGGUGUGUUCUUUCCUUUUAUUUUCGCGAAUAUUUCGCGCGUUGCGGCAGAGAUACCUCUGGUGCAACUGCGAAAUUUGCCAUGUUUAUCUCACCUCAAGCUGGACCAAACAGUUCGCAAAUCUUUGCGACUGGUACUCGCACCUCUUGAGUAAGUCUCCGACCAAGACGAUCCACAUCCACGUCCUCGGGAACAUCGUCACGGCCAAUCCCAAUAACGUGGAGUACAUGCUGAAAACGAGGUUCGACAAUUUCCCUAAAGGGAAACCUUUCUCGGCGAUCCUCGGCGACUUUCUCGGUCACGGAAUAUUCAACGUCGACGGCGAUUCGUGGCGGUUUCAGAGGAAAAUGGCCCGCUUGGAGCUCGACAGGUACUCCAUAAGGUCGUUCGCGUUCGAGAUUGUGAAUAACGAGAUUGAGAGUCGUCUCAUCCCUCUCUUGUCGUCGUUUUCCGCGGGGAAAUCGGUGUCCGGAUUCGAUGGAAACGGCGGCGUUUUAGACCUCCAGGACGUGUUCAGGCGAUUCUCGUUCGACAGCAUAUGCAGAUUCUCGUUUGGUCUCGACCCGAUGUGCUUGGAGAUGUCCGUCCCGUUGUCGGAGUUCGCCGUGUCGUUCGACUUGGCCUCGCGGCUGUCGGCGGAGCGGGCGAUGACGGCGUCGCCGCUGGUGUGGAAGGUGAAGAGGCUGUUGAAUUUAGGGAGUGAGAAGCAGUUGAAAGUGGCGAUAAACGUAGUAAACAUGCUGGCUAAGGAGGUGAUCAGGCAAAAAAGGAAGAUGGGUUUUUCUAACCACAUGGAUCUCUUGUCCCGUUUCAUGAGAACCGUAAACGACGAGUCGUAUUUGAGGGACAUCGUCGUUAGCUUCCUGUUGGCCGGGCGUGACACUAUUGCAUCGGCUCUGACAAGCUUCUUCUGGCUGGUGGUGAACCACCCGGACGUCGAGGCGGCAAUUUGUGCCGAAGCCGACAGAGUAAUCGGCCCGAAUCGGAACCUUAAAAACUUCGAACAAGUGCAGAAGCUUCACUACCUGAAAGCUGCGAUUUAUGAGAGCAUGAGGCUUUACCCUCCUAUACAGUUCGACUCCAAAUUCUGCCUAUACGACGACGUUUUGCCCGACGGAACGGUCGUCAAGAGGGGGACUAGGGUUACCUACCACCCUUACGCCAUGGGGCGUUUGGAGGAGAUUUGGGGGUCGGAUUUUAUGGAGUUCAAGCCCGAGAGAUGGUUGCGAAACGACGGAGUUUUUAGACAGGAGAAUCCGUUUAAGUAUCCGGUUUUCCAAGCCGGGCUUAGGGUCUGUUUGGGCAAAGAAAUGGCCAUGGUUGAGCUCAAGAGCGUGGCUCUCGCCCUGCUCCGCCGCUUCGAGAUCAAGCUCGCUACACCACCGUCGCAGCGACACACACAGCCACGGUUCUCGCCGGGGCUCACGGCCACUUUCAGUGGCGGGGGGCCCCGCCUUUCGGUGGCGGGCUUCCGGCGUUGGUGA